AUGGUCCACUGUGCUGGAUGCGAGAGGCCUAUUCUGGACAGAUUUCUGCUCAGCGUCUUGGAUAGAGCCUGGCAUGCCAAAUGCGUGCAAUGUUGUGACUGUAAAUGCAGUUUAACUGAUAGAUGCUUUUCAAGAGAAGGACGACUCUACUGCAAAAACGACUUUUUCAGACGUUAUGGCACUAAAUGUGGAGGCUGCGCGCAGGGAAUCUCGCCCAGUGAUCUAGUUCGGAAAGCGCGAAGCAAAGUCUUUCACCUGAACUGUUUCACCUGCGUCAUGUGCAAUAAACAGCUUUCCACUGGCGAAGAACUGUACAUUCUGGAUGAAUAUAAAUUUGUCUGCAAGGAGGAUUACAUGAAUAACAGCAUCGGAAAAGACACAACCCUUCUGUCAAUUACUACGUGCAGUGACCCGAGCUUAUCUCCAGAAUCUCAAGAUCCACAGGACGACUAUAAAGACUCUGAGACUGGACAGAUGUCGGACAAGGAGGUCUGCAACAAUGAAAACGACGAGCAGAAUCUGGGUGGCAAACGUCGCGGGCCGCGGACUACUAUCAAAGCCAAGCAGCUGGAGACUCUGAAAGAUGCUUUCGCCGCCACCCCAAAACCUACCAGACACAUACGAGAGCAGCUGGCACAAGAGACAGGCCUCACUAUGAGAGUAAUUCAGGUGUGGUUUCAGAAUCGGCGCUCUAAAGAGAGGCGCAUGAAGCAGCUGAGCGCGCUGGGCUCCAGAAGACACAUGUUCUUCCGCAGUUCGCGGAGAAUGAGAGCGCUGGGCGAGCGCAUGGAACCAGGAGAGCUCAUGGCCAACGGCCAUUUCUCUUAUUAUGGAGACUAUCAAGGUGAAUACUAUGGCCCAGGAUCAAACUACGACUACUUCCCUCAAGGUCCACCAUCCUCCCAAGCCCAGACUCCAUGUGAUCUAGGAUUCAUGCCCUCCUCUGGCCCAGCUGGAACCCCUCUAGGGAGCAUGGACCACCAUCAAGGAGCACAUCACCCCUCCAAUGAGACACAAUGCUUCAGCCAGAUGAUAUCGCAUCACCCAGGGGACUCCCCCAGCCCAGAGCCCAGCGCACCCACCUCCAUCCACAGUAUCUCCACUGACAUGUGUGACUCCACUCCACCCUUCACAUCCCUGAACUCUCUCAGUGGCAACGGAUACAGCAAUCAGCUGUCCUCAGAGAUGAACGAGGGGACAGUUUGGUAG